UCUGAAUUUGAGUCAGAACUGAAAUCUGCUGGAGAGAAGCUUAUAGUAGUUGAUUUCUCUGCUGCAUGGUGUGGACCAUGCAGAAUUAUCAAGCCCUUUUUCCACAGUUUGAGUGAGAAGUAUGGUGAUGUGGUGUUCAUCGAAAUUGAUGUGGAUGAUGCCCAGGACGUUGCUACACACUGUGAUGUGAAAUGCAUGCCCACAUUCCAGUUCUAUAAGAAUGGACAGAAGGUGGAGGAGUUCUCUGGGGCCAAUAAAGAGAAGCUGGAAGAGACCAUUAAAAGUCUAGUCUAAUCUCCAGCCAUGGAGACUUUGAAGCCUGACUGCUUCGGCUAAAUUAUAGCCUGUAACUUUUCUACUUCAAAAAAAAUCUAAACAAGCUAGCUAGGUUAAGUGGUGGAAACUCUCCUCUUGAUCAUGUAAAUGAGUACAAUAAAGUGUAAAUGCUUCAUUUUU